AAGCCGACUGGUUCGCCGGAAUACGAACAGCUGAUUAGUUACACAAUAAGCCAUUUUAAAACUACGCAUUCAAAUUGAAUGCUGCAUAAAUACGUCGGUGUUGUCUUAAAACAGAGUCUCCGCCAAAUUUAUUCUGUUCGGACUUUUUCACAAACAAAGAAGAUGGCAAACAAAAGCGCUUUAGCACUAUUGGCAAAUGGAACCGAAGAGAUGGAGAUAGUUAUUACAGUCGAUGUAUUACGUCGUGCCGGUGUAAACGUGACUGUGGCCGGUGUUGCGAACGCUGAACCGACAAAAUGUUCGCGUGAUGUUACGAUAAUGCCCGACAAAAGCCUCCAAGAUGUUGCCAAGGAUGUGUUUGAUGUUGUAAUCCUCCCGGGUGGAUUGGGUGGUACCGAUGCAUUUGUUAACUCACCGUUAGUUGGUGAAGUACUCAAGGCACAAGAAUCUAGCGGUCGUUUGAUUGCUGCCAUCUGUGCAGCACCGUUGGCAUUGUCUGCACACAAAAUUGGUCUCGGCAAAUCGAUCACUUCAUAUCCAUCGGUUAAGGAUAAGCUUACAUCAGAUUUCAAGUAUGUCGAUGAUCAAAUUGUUGUUCAAGACGAUAAAUUGAUAACAUCGCGCGGUCCGGGCACUGCAUACCAAUUUGGAUUGAAAAUCGCCGAAGUACUCGUUGGAGCUGACAAAGCCAAACAAGUUGCAAACGGAAUGCUAGUCGAUUAUUAAGAAAAAUUUCAUGAUAUUUUUAAAAUCUCCACACUUUUUACCAAAAAAGAAUACGAAUACCUUCUCAUCACAUUGAAAAUGUACGCAUGAAUACGAACAAUUGAUUCUCUAAGAAUAAAAAUAAAACCAAUAAAUUUUAA